CUGUUGCGACGGCUGUCAAACGUCACCAGUGUUGGCAUUUGUACAAACAGUCCUCGGAGCCCUUCGGUAUAGCAAACAGAACUAAGAACGUGGAAAAACUAUUUUUUUAAAUAAGUUUUAGGAAAAGUAUACAUUUGUUUUGCAUACACGAAUAGAGGAUCGGCCUGUCAGCCUUCCAACGCAUUGGAAGAAUAGCACUAAUUCGUGUAACACCGCAACGAGCGAGAUAAAUAAAGUUGAAAAUGACCGAGAGAAAAUCUCGCCAGCAGCAGCAGCCAAUUCUAUGUUUGGCUAUAAUUGUAUUUCUAGCACUUUGCCACAAAAUUCCCAUAGUCAACAGCGUUGAGCUAACAUUCGAGCUGCCGGAUAAUGCGAAAGAAUGUUUUCACGAGGAGAUACUAAAGAAUCAGACGGCUACAUUGGAGUUCCAGGUUGUCAGCGGUGGAAGGUACGAUGUAGAUGUUACUCUCGAGAGCCCUACCGGGGAAGAGAUCUAUCGUCAGAUAAAAACGCAGUUCGAUUCCUAUCAGUUCGUCGCUGCGGCUACCGGUGUUUAUGUUGCAUGUUUUAGCAACGAGUUCUCCACGUUUUCACAUAAAAUCGUAUAUAUGGACUUCCAAGUCGGCGAAGAACAACCACUACCCGGUCUCGAGGAGCACGCGACAGUACUAACGCAGAUGGAAAAAUCGGCCCAGGAAACCCAUAAGGGGCUGAAUGCUAUUCUUGACUAUCAAACCCAUCACCGGCUCCGAGAAGCACAAGGUAGGAAGCGUGCGGAAGAUUUGAACGAACGUGUCUUGUGGUGGUCGCUGACGGAGACCGCUGCCAUCCUGAUAAUAGCCAUCGGGCAGGUGUUGGUGUUAAGGAACUUCUUUUCGGAAAAGAAACCAAGCCAAAUGAAUUAUUCCCUAAUGAAAUAAUAAAAAAACAUCCGUCAACAUCACAUUGGCCACAGUGGCAUUAGACCAAUUUAAUGAAAAGGAAUUAAAUUGAAUGCUGUUUCCAUGUAAAGAUUGGCGAUUUUAGUUAUCUUUUUGUAAGUUAACACGAGAGCUUUUGAUACCCUCUAUGUCCGGAAUAUCUGGUCAUUAUUCAAUUGUUUUGUUUUGAAAUUUGCUUAAAGUGAGUCUGUAAUAUCAGUUUAGCAGUAUUUUAUUGAACAAUAAACAUAGGGACAUCAAUAUUUCAUGAUAGCAUA